UGACCGCCUUGUUCAAGAAUUGAUUCAGCCAAGUAGUCCAUUUGAUCAAAACAUUUCGUCAUUGACUGCAUUUUUUGUUUUGCCUCAAGAUUGGCCCUGUCAUGACUCCUCUCUCAGACCGGAUAGCACAGUCCUCGACAUCACUCUACGAAACUCUUCCAAAGCACGGAAAACCUAGUGUUAGGGAUAAUGGUGUCCCAGAAUGGACGAUCCUGUCCGUCAUCUCACUUGUCGUACGACAGCCUUCAACUUUCGACAGCGAUCAUUCCGACGUAGUAAUUCCGGUGUCCUUGGGUACAGGAGUCAAGGUCUUGCCUCACCAGAGAUUGCCUCCGUUAGGCGAUGCCGUUCAUGAUUGCCAUGGCGAGGUUGUCGCUCGGCGGGGAUUUGUUCGAUGGUUGAUAUUCCAAGCCGCUUUGCUUGACCAGAAGGAAAAUGGAGAGAUUGGUCAAGGACCACGUGCUUUAUAUGUCGAACGAGGAGAGAAUGGAAAGCUUAAACUGAAAGAUGGCGUAGACGUUUGGCUGUACGUCUCGGCUUUACCUUGUGGAGAUGCCUCUACCUUGUAUACCGCAAUGCACCAACCUCCCGAGGAGGCCUCCCAAUGGACAGAGCCACCAAUUCCCCAAGAUACUCCAGCACCAUCUUCGACUUCAUUAUUCGCCUCUUCCCACCCGUUGCGAGGUCGCAAUACCUACUCAACUGUGUCAACACUACGUACCAAACCUGGUCGACCUGAUUCACCCCCCACAACCUCCAUGUCAUGCUCCGACAAGAUCGCUAUUUGGGUUUGUGUGGGACUACAAGGCGGAUUGCUAGCUGAUCUAUACGAAAAGGUGAAGCUUGAGGGUCUGGUGAUAGGCGGUGUUGAACAGCCUCCUGAGUGGACUGACCGCAAGAACGUCUGGGAAGAUAAAAUCAAGGCGGAAGCAGCUAGGGCAUUGUAUGGAAGAUUGGAAAGCAUCAAGUCCAUGCUACCGAAAGAGUAUCCUUUACAUAAACCCCAACUCCAUUUUACACCUAUGCCAUUCUCCCAUUCCAAGCCCUCUAUUUCCUCCACAUACCCGACCGCCCCUGAACCACAACCAUCACCGUUAUCGCUAUCAUUUCUCCCUUGGCUUUUAAUUCCGGACUAUAAGCCUGGUAAACCGCCCAAGCAAAGUGAACGGGAAAUCAUCUCGAAUGGCACCCGUCUUGGCUUCCCGUGGAAGGCGCCUGGGACAACUCCUGUCAGGCCAAAAGGGAGGUCACGGUUGUGUAAGAUUGAGACCCUACUCGCGUAUGAGGGGUUACUGGAUACGCGUCAGUUGAAGGAUCAGAAGACAUACUGGGAGUACAAGCACCGUUCCAUGUCCGCAUACCAGACAGCCAAAUCUCUCUUGCGGGGCAUACCCAAGAAGGUCCCAGGAACUGGCGUUUGGCAGCAACUGGGUGAAGUGUGGAGUACGUUUGCGCCGGAAGGGUUGAUAGAGGAUAAGCAAGCACCACCUUUUAAAGGAUGGCUAGUAAGCGGAAAAGAUUACGAGUCUUUUACUUCUGUAGGUGAAUUGUUACGAGGGGCUGACAAUAUUUCAUGACUGGUAAUGAUAUAAUGAUUAUGCAUGGUCUGCGUGUACGGAACCCGUGACGUGAGAUAUGUUAAAGUGACACGAGGGCAUCACUGAUUAUGGAUGACUACCAUUGCAAAAAGAUCAUAACUAUAAAAAUAAAAAUACAGUGGAAGUCUCAGAUCGUGCCUGCGAUGGCUAGCAGUAGCUAGCUGAAGACUGAGAAUUAUGGAAUCGGCGAAGCGCAGAGUGAUCAGGAGCGGUUGAAAUAUGAGAGUGGGAGAAGGAUCUGCUGGGUGCCACAGCUCUUUUUUCUAAGACGGCCGGGACUUGAAAGCGAGGACAGACCUCUACGGAAGAUAGAGAAGAAACCACGUUGCUUAUUGCCGGCACGUAUAUGGGAUCAUUGAGCUUAAUUAUUCUUAGCUUUGAAUGACACCUUGUUUUUUAUACAGUAUAGGUACUCACCAAGAUUGCCACUUGUUCAAUCAACCACGCAACCCUGCACCUAGCCUCUGCAUCCCAAUCGUCGCCCUUGUCCUCAACCGACCUUCGUUCGCUUGCGACAAGACGCAUCAACGCAUCCUCUACUUCUUCGGAUUGCAGCUCGCGUCCAUUGGACAAGUCCCGGAAGAGCUUGAGGAUGGAUGACAGCGGUACACGUGACGAGUCUUGAUAUGUCGAAGUGGGUGACAAGCGGAAUGAAUCUUCAUGAUGUUCCGAACGGGAGGAUUCAGCGUGGAGAGGGUUCAUAUGAGCAAACUGGGUUGACCAAGAUGAGGGUGUAAGGUCAAGUGAUAUCUCUCGGAAACAAUGGAAAUCGGAAGCUUUUAAUGGACUCAGAGGCUCACCGUCAAAGAUAGCACAUUGACGGUGCAGUUGUCUCUUAUUCUGGCCCAGAGGAAGAUUGCGCAAAGUGGGAGUGUUUGGUAAAGAGCCAUCCUGGGAAUAAGAGCUCUGUACAAGGGUAGUAGAAGUAGACAACGUUGGAGAAGGAUGAGAUUGUUGACUGGACAAUGAUACAGAGGUAUCGAUAUGAAGCCCUUCCCCUCGCUGGGCCGCGGAUUUUGUCACAUUUUUAGACCUCGUCAAUCUAGACUUGGUCGGUAAGCGGGUAUAAGAUGACUCGUCUUUGAAGUCCGACACCGAACGCGAAGUCAAUUUACUCCGCCUCUUAUCUUCGUGCAGGAUCUCCACCUUUUUCAUCGGGAAGCGGAACUCUAUCGCCCUGGUCUUGAUGGUGUCUCGUCUUACAGCCUGUCUGAUUGUGAAAGUGCUGACGCUUGAAGCCCGUUUGCCCAAGUCAUGUACCUGAGACCCGCUUGUCCGUGCAGAAGACAUAGUUGCUGGAGUUGCACAUCGUGAGCGAUAAUGGGUCUCAAAUUGUCUUUCGUCUUCAUCAUCAUUUUCAGUGAUCUGAACAGGUAAGGAUAUGUCUCGAAUAUAUUGCUCGAGGUCGAAGGAAACGUCUCUAGCAUGGAGUGUCUCGCCGGACAACCAAUUGGAUGGUACGUUUAAAUUCGAGACUGUCGUUGGCGAGAAGUGAAGGCCGAAUGUGAAUCGAAGGAAGUAAAAUAGCUUUCUCAAUGGCAUGUCAUUCACUAUGUUCUGUUCCAGUGAAUUAAACAUCGUUUCAGCCUGUUCCCUCCCACCGCCAAGGAACCAUCCCCCCUCAAGGACAUGAUAGCGCAUAUCCAAAAGCCUCCAAAGAAGAAUGGAUCGUGCUUCUGAGAUAUUGGCACAUCCUAGGGAAGUGUAAACGUCAUCGCCAGGAGCUAAUGAAGAGGAUGAAGAUGAAUUGGACCUGUUAGAAUAGGGUAUACGUGGUACUGAGGUGGCUCCAUUAUGUGAGUGAAUCGCGGGCAAAGAAGGUCGACGAUAAGGGUUGGGGAAGUCGAAUUUACUUAGUGACGAAUGGGCAUGCUUAUGGGAGAACCACUUGGGGCUGAGCUUGGGCUUGAAGGAGGGGCUGUGCGAAGACUUUCGGACCAAGUGAUAACUGGAGUAAUCACCGUCGACGAAUGGCUGUGCGAGACCAAACAGUCCGAGAGCGGAUAAGGUACGCCGGCCUGGAGCCGUCGUUCGAUCCACGAUGUGAUAUUCUGGUAUGGCCGGGAUUGAGGAUGAAGAUAGGUGCUCAGGCCAGAAGAGUUGAGCCUUGCGACAAGCUGGGAUGACGUGACAAAGCCCAGGACGAACCUGACCUCGUGAAGGACGGGCGAGAUAAUGGUGCGCACCACUGGGGGAUAGCCUCGGAUGAGAGUCUGUGCGCACCAUCAGAGAUCAGCCAUUGGCACAGAAAGGAGACUAGAGCACGGGACACUAACUUCGAAUUCGACCUUUGUUAGUUUGCGACUGAUGUCAUCGACCACAUUCUCAGCUACGGCCUCUGAAGAUCUCCAUCUCCUUCCAAUGUACUCCAGGCACAGCUCUAACACUAGCUCCUGUUCGUAGUGUAAUGUUUUCGAGAUGAGCCGCUCUUCUUUGCUUAGCCGUGCAAGCGCAUCAAUUAACUGGUUACGAGUCAGGGCAGGAAGGAAGGAAUUGGGGAGAAGUGACGGUGGCAGAGGCGGUUCUGGAGCAGGAAAGUAAGGGUUCGCAGGAAGACGGGUGAAUGGUAGAAGGGUUGAUAAGAGAGGUGUGGAGAGAGCGUUGCGGAUGGCUGGUAAUGAAUGGGCCUGAUGACCAUCGGUCAAUUUUGUCUAGUCUCUAGUAGUAGACAGUUGACUGACUCACUCGACUGUAAGCAAGAGAAACCUCCUUACACCAUUCUCUAACUCUCCUGCCUCGCCUCAUGCUCUGAAGCACGAACUCCUGUAAAACAUCCGACACUUCUUUGCUUGAUAAUCCUGGUGUUUCAAGAAACUGACCGAGAUCCUUGUCUCUCGCAUCAUUGGAAAGCUGCGGUGUUGUGAGCGGGUGCUAAGCGCAUUGCAGCGAGAGACGUGUAGGAAUGAGCGAAGAUU